AUGGUCUGUGAUGUGCUAGACGAUUUGUUCCGACACUUACAGUUUCAUAUCCAGCAACUGACAGGUGGAAAUACUUGUCUUUCAUGUCCAAUUAAUGGCUGCAGUAAAAAAUUGGUCACUGCAAAUCAUUUAAAACGCCAUCUUUACAUGCAUAAUUACCAUAUUCAACGACAAUGGAAUGGUUUAAAAGUUAUUAUUAGUCGGGAUGAUGUAGCGGAUAUUAUACAUUGUAAGUUCCAUACAUCUGUGGAACUUAUUUACGAUGGUUCAGUGAUGACAUGUGGUUGGAUUGGGUGCACAACUCUUUGGGAUGAUAUCGAUUUGUACUGUAGUCAUAUAAACGAUCACAUUGAUUCACUUGGAAACGAUAACCCAUCUCAACUGAAUUGCUGUUGGCAAGGUUGUAAAAUGCAAUUCAAGAAUAAAACACUUCUUCGAAUACACUGUCGGCAUCAUUCUGGUGCAAAAGUGGCUGCCUGUCCAUAUUGUGGCGUUUUCUUUGCUAACAACUCUAAACUAAUUGAUCACAUGUUGCGUAAAAAUCAGAUCGGAGCAGAAAGUGGCGAACAAAAAAUCAUUUAUUCAUGUCACCUAUGUCAGAAACAGUUCAGUACGCAGCGUUUACUACGCGAACAUUGCCGCCGGCAUGUUAUGAAUCAUAAAUGUAAAUAUUGCUCUAUAACGGUUGACAGUCCUUCUGCACUGAAAAGACAUGUUAUGGCUGUCCAUGCUAAAUCGCGACUUCAUGUCUGUUAUUAUUGCAACCAUAGUUUUUCUCAAAAAGCUGAUGUUGAUCGUCAUAUGCUUGUUCACUUCAACGAACUUGCUCACCAGUGUGAAUAUUGUGGAGAACGAUUUCGUUGGAAAAAGCAGUUGACCGCUCAUAUUCGAAAACACGACGCGGUUAUUUUCACUUAUUUUGCUUUCACUAAUAUUAUGAAAUCCUAUGUGCCCUACACUCAUUUAUGCCACCUGUGUGAUGCGAAAUAUGCAAGUGGUUUUGGUUUAAGCCGACAUUUGGUUCAAAAACAUAAAUGUAGUAUACCACGUGGAUUUACGCGAUUUCAAUAUAAAAAAUGCAAAGAUGGUUAUGCUCGGUUGCAGACAAAACGCUGUCUCAGCAAAAGUUUGGCUAAAAAUUUAGGCUAUAAUAGUAUUGAGGAAAAAGAAAAACCAUUGAAUAUAGAAUAG